AUGCCAGUCUAUCAUUAUGGUGGCUAUGCAGGUACAGCUAUUGCACUCAAUUCUUACGAUCAACAAUAUGUUAAUAUUCCAUACAUAAAUAUUAGUCACCAGAGUUUUACACUUGAAGUGUGGUUUAUUCUAUUACCUCCUACGGGUAUAUCAAUUAAUCAAACAGAUUUUGGAAUAUUUGGACAAUGUAGUACAGAUCAAAAAUGUUUUCUUGUGACUGUUCGUAAAGGUCAUAUUCAUGUUAGUUUUGAUUCUCUUGCUAACAAUGUCACAUUGAUCAGUUCGUCUCUAGUCGCCUAUUAUUAUUGGGUGCACAUAGCUGUUGUUUAUGAUGCCAAUGCUUUACAACAAAGGUUAUAUAUAAAUGGACGUCUUGAAAUAAUUUCAACUGGCAUUGUAAGUCCUUAUGAUGGCUUAGUAACUGGUGCGAGUGCAUGGAUAGGUCGCACGAAAUCCGCAGCUUACUCUCUAUCAUAUUUUAACGGAUACAUCGAUCACUUUUUGUUAACACCAAAUAUUGUCAAAUCGACCUGUCAAAUUUAUAAUGAUGCAACACUUGCUUUCUAUUUUCCGUUUGAUUCUAAUCAAACUACUUAUGAUCUAAGUAUUUAUUCAUACUCUGUUAUAACAAUGGAUACUUCAUUCGUCUCUGGUCGUGUAAAUCAAGCACUGCUUUUUUCACCGACAAACAAUAGUUUUUUUCAAUCUCAAUGUUAUUCAUAUAAUCGUCAAUCAGCUACUUACACUUUUUCACUUUGGAUAUAUCCUCAAAAUAUUCUUAAAGGUGGCAGUAUCAUUCAUGUUUCCUUUUUGCAAAAUGGGAAUGGAACACUCUGUUAUGAUCUUCUAAGUUUAACGGCUAAUGGCGAAUUGGUUGUUCAAAUAGUGCAUAACACAUCGUUAACCAUAGCUGUUCAAGGACCAGUAUUACCCAAUGAUACUUGGACUCAUGUCACAGUAAUCUAUAGUUACUUUAGUGGAGUACGAUUAUUAUUAAAUGGAACAGUUACUAAUUUUUAUCCAAAUACAGUUUAUGGUUUAUACUUUUAUAUUUACACCUAUCAACAACUUUACAUUACACUUGGCAACAAUCGUCCAGCAGGAGCACCAUUACCGAGUUGCUUGGUCGGUUCAUUACCUAUUGAUUCUGGUGCUUUUUCUGGUAUUAUCGAUGAAUUUCGUUUAUUUAUGCGUGAAUUGACUGGUGACGAAAUUUGUCAACUGGUGAAUCCUUAA